AUGAACACUAAUGAUUGUAAAAAGCUUGUAAAAGAUGUGUGGCUGCCGGUAAAAGAACUUGGUAGAGGCAUGUUUGGAAAAGUUUAUCACGUAUGUAAUAUCAAGGAUGGACGGGAGGCUGCCAUGAAAAUUGAAAAGAAAACUCAAGAAAGUGUCUUGAAGAUUGAAGUGGAAGUAAUGAAUGAAAUGAAAGGACAGAAAGCGGCUUUACAAAUUUUUGAUGAUGGUGUUGAACCGAAUUAUAGAUUUAUUAUAAUGACAUUAUGCGGCCCGGACCUGACAAAAAUCGCAGAGUUCUUGAACAAUAAAUUCAGCGAUUCGUCGCUGUUGCGUAUUGCCAUCAGAACGUUGUACGCAAUAAAAACGCUGCACGAAUCUGGCUAUGUGCACCGGGAUUUGAAGCCGUGCAAUCUAGCGCUGGACUACCGUCGCGAUUCGAAUAUCAUUUUUCUUUUGGAUUUCGGAAUGGCUCGAAGGUACGCUCGACUAAACGAAGGCCAAUGGAUUAUCCGAGCGCCGAGAUCACAGUGCCGAUUUCGUGGAACUGUUCGAUACUGCUCGGUGAACAUGCACAAACGAGUUGAGCUUGGUCGAGUUGACGAUUUAUGGUCUUGGCUAUACAUGACGCUCGAAAUGCGCACCGAACUUCCAUGGGCGGCCUCGUUGCAUCCGGAGAAAGUUGAGAUUCAGAAGAUCGAGCUGACAUCAGUUGUGCUUAAUAAGGAUGCAAUCACACGCAGUCUGAUCCCUGUUGCUGACCAUCUAGGCACUCUAACAUAUCCGGAUCGACCAGACUACUUGAUGAUAUUCAAUAUUCUUAUUGGUAAAAUGCAAGAAGUCGGCGCGAAACUCACAGAUCCAUUGGAGUUUGACGAUUUAAGACCAGGAGAUUGCGAGAAGCUUCAAGAAGUUGUGAAAAAAUACAACAUCAACUUGCAAUCAAACAAUGUGACGGAGAAGAAUGAGGAAAAAGAAAUGGAAUCGCUGAAGGAGGCUUUCCAACCGGCUGGCAUCAAAGAUGUUCCUGGUGGAGCCUCGUAUGUUAUAGCGAAAGGACGCAAUUUCUAUUUUACUCCAAAGACGAAAAAAAGUACUGCCACCGACGAGAAGAAGGAGAAAGAUCUUGGGAGCAAGAAGAGUAUGACGUCUCUUCGAGUCGACAUCAACAAUAAUGACUCAAAGAAAAAAUCGCCGACGAAUCUCAAGAAGAACACACAGCGGUCAACAUCGAAGAAGAAGCAAAAAUAA